AUGUCGCAUAUUCUCUGGAACGUAUGCUGUGAAUUGGUUAGAGGUUGUCUCGAUGCUUUCAGAGGAUUAGCGUUUGUGUGGCAGUUGGACAGGGAUGAAGAAUACGUCGUUGUGAAUAAUGCACCUCGCGCAGCACCACGGACAGUCAUGCAGCAGAGAAGGGAGCUUCGAGGCACAGUGGCACGUCCUGCUGAGCGCAUCUAUCGGCGCAGGGAACGCGUAUGGAAGCGAGUGUUUCAAUGCGUAGUCACUAAUGCUGGAAUAUGGUUGCUGGUAUGGACACUUCUGAAGAUGUGCUCGUCUGGAAAUGAUAUGUCUGCUGGUGUCAUCGCUAUUCUCUCACACCUGAUCGUUCUUCCCAUCUUCGUAUUUACUCGAAUUGUGCUUGCUUUAUGGUUUUCUGACAUUGCUGGAGCGUGCUUGCGGACGCUGAACUUGGAUCCUCCUCCAAGUGUUGAGUUCAGGUUAGCUAUUUCAUGGGAGUUUCUGUUUUCGUUUGUUACGCCCACAGUAGCCCGUACCCGAUUAUCACGAGGAAAUACCAUAUUCUCCACAUGGAGCGGAAAGUGUUCUCUAAUAAGACACAUUUUCAGCACAGCUUUAUCAGACGUACUCGUAUCACUGUUGCUAGGAUGUGUUUUUCUUGCGCAGGGUCUGCUCGUGUCGUAUCUUCCGCUACCUGCUGUUUUGUGCUCUGUUAUAUCUUUCAUUCACUUAUCCCUUCUUAAUUCGAUGUACAGCUUUGAAUAUUUCUGGUCGUCUCGCAGUGUGCUGCUUCACAAACGCAUUGAGCGCUUAGAGGCUUAUUUGCCAUAUUUCAUCGGUUUUGGUGCUCCUCUCACAUUUGUGUCGACUUUGAGUAGCAAUUUCCUGCUGAAUGGCAGUGUGUUCGGCACAUUCUUUCCCUUACUGAUCAUCAGCUCUUACAAGGCCUCUUGGGAGAGACCGAAGGAUUCGAGAAGACAAACUCCAGUGCUAAAUAUUUUUACGCCUUCGCGUUUAGUCACUGAUGGUUUUGUAAAUAUUUUCUCAGGAUUGGUUGUUCAGCAGCCGACGAUUCGGAUGACUCAACCUGGUAUUGAGGGCCUCGCCGUAGGCUUGAACAAAGGCCACAAAGUGACGAAGAUUGAUCGCAAACCUCGUCAAAAUCGACGCAUUGGAGCCUGUAGCAAGAAGUCCAAGGUUGUCCGUGAACUCGUAAGGGAGAUCACUGGCUUCGCUCCCUAUGAGAGACGCGUUCUUGAGCUGCUUCGUAUAUCUAAGGACAAACGUGCACUGAAGUUCUUGAAGAAGCGUGUGGGUACUCACCUCCGUGCCAAGAAGAAGAGAGAGGACCUUCAGAGCGUCAUCGUUGCCCAACGCAAGCAUCACAAGUAA